AUGGCCGUCGCCGCCGCGGCUGCUCCGCUGCUCCUCCCCAUCCCGACCGCUCGCAGCUUGCCCGCCGCCUUGCUCCCCACCCCGCCGCCGACCGGCCGCCUCAUCCCCUCCCCGGAUUCCCCCGCGCCGCCGAUCCAUCGCUUGUCCCCCUCGCCCGCUUACAUCCCGCCGUGCCGCCGCCUCGCCGCUUGUUCGCCUUAUUCCCCCCGCGCCGGCGGCGCCCAACCUCGCCCCCUCGCCCGCUCUCGCCACACCUUCCGCGCGCACUUCCCCCGCGCCGCCGAUCCAUGCCCGCUCGGCCCCGUACGUCCCGCCGUGCCGCCGCCUCGCGGCUUGCUCGCCCGAUUCCACCGCGCCGUCGGCGCCCCGCCUCGCCCCCUCACCCGCUCCCGCCACGGCUUCUGCGCGCAGUUCGCCCGCUGUGAUCCCCACCCCGCCGCUAACCCCCCGCCUCAUCGCCUCUCCUGCUUCCCCCGCGCCGCCGAUCCAUGCCCGCUCGGCCCCGUACUUCGCCCGCCGCUGACCCGCCGCCUAUUCGCCUCUCCGGCUUCCCCCGCGCCGCCGAUCCAUCGCUUGCCCCCCUCGCUGGUGUACGUCCCGCCAUCCCGCCGCCUCGCGGCUUGCUCGCCGGAUUCCCCCGCGCCGUCGGCGCCCCACCUCGCCCCCUCACCCGCUCCCGCCGCUCCUUCUGCGUCCAACCCGGGCCGCACGUCCGCCAGCAAAAGCUGGUUCCGGGACAAGGCGGCCCGUGCCGAUCGUGCGCUGCCGUCCUCACUGGAGAGGAAUGCCAAUCUUGCGCUGCCGUCCUUGCCGAAGAGGAUCAAGGGGUUCAAGGUCCCCGGCCGUGUCUCGCUCAGCUGGGUGAAGGAUAGGGUCGCUGGCUCCGAUGUGCUGGCGAACAGCGGUUGUCGCAAGCGGAAUUUGACGUCGCCUGCUGAUAACAUCGGUAAGAAAAUGAGGUAUGAAUCUCCACCUUCGUCAGAGGACUCCGGCUCUGAUUCAGAGCUGGAGUUCUACGCCGGUCCAGCGUUUCGUUUGACUAGUUUAGGUUAG